AGACAGAGAGCCUCGUAGAGAUUCAAACCCGAAAUCAAACGAGUACACUCUCAGAGCCACGCGAGUAGCCGCGCUAUACGCCACGGGGGUGUUUCGAUACGGUGGUACAGUGCGAAUAACGGCGCGAACAUGUGUACUAUAAAAAGUGCGAAUUUCCUGUGGCUUCUUUGUUCCGUUGCGCUUCUCUAUGGAUUUGUUCUACCGUACGGCCGCUGCCAGAACGUCGAGCAGGAACAGUUCGGCGAGGAGGGGAACAUAGGAGAUCCGCGGGACGAGCUGCAGGCCGACGAUGCCGAUCAGUCCUGGGAUGCGUCUCUGGAGGGUAGAAAGGCACCGGACGAGGAUGGAGGUUCUUUCGCGUCUCGAAACGCUGAGGUCCCAAAGACGAACACGGAAACAGCGCCCCGAGCUGAUGGAAACAAGGACAGGGUCCUUGUUCCGCCGGGAGGUGACACGCCCGCUCGAGACAGCUUCAAUGUCACUUCCACGUCGAUUACUCGUCGCAGAGGAGCGAGCAUCGACCGGGGCCGGAAGAAACGUCGUAGAAACAAGGAAUCGAACACCGAGGAGAACUGGCAACGAGAAGUAUCACAAGAUGUCCGCGAGAACGAAGUACGUGGAAAGCGUGGCGGUCAGCCUAAGAAUUCGACGGAUUCGCCGGCGAGGAGGUAUCGCGCGGAGCGACGAAGGAGGAGAAAGAAUCGUGAACGAAAUCUCGAAAGGAAACAGAGUCGUAUACGAAAUUUCGGAAGGAAACGACAGAACGUUGAUUGGACCAACGCCGGAAUACCGCUCAAGUAUAAAAGAAAAUCAUCAGCCAGGCACGAACCAGCUGCGUUGCUGCUUGCAAAGACGGAUGAUCAACUAACGGCCGGGGACAAUGGUUCAAUCUACGAUUCCUCGAACGCUACUUGGAGGGGUGGCCAGGGUUUAAACAACUCCGACGUUACCUCGCCGUCGAAUCUUCAAGACCAGUUGACCACUGAAGCUACAAAGCGAGCAUCGAUGCAGACUACUUCGCGCUACAGAAUGUACGAAGACACCGUCGAAAGGGAGUUUUCCAAACAAUUAGAGAAAGAGAUCUCCAGGACGCAGAUGGAAGAUCCAGCCAGUUUGGAGAAUCGUAUCCUCGGUAGUUCGGUGUCCAAGCGACUUUACAAAACCGUAGAAACCAAUAAAAAAGAUACGGGGACUGAGUCAGUUAUUGGCAACUCGAGAUAUGAUGCUGAGAAGAUGUUGGGUUAUUCACGGUCAAAGAAUUCCCCGAUCUUGGACCUGGAGAACGAGAUCCUGGCGAGAACAUUGAAGGAUUACAACAGCUACAUGGCGUCCAGCUUGAAAUUGUCGAUGCUACCGAGGCGAGAAGACGUCGAACACAGAAAAGGGAUUGCUGCUUCGCGUUUCCAUGGGAAGCCCAUAAUAGAUGAGGCCGGCUUCGAGAGAGUUGAAAAGAAGAGCACUACUGUUGUGUACGAAGACGACACGAAGGGGGAUUUAUCAUGCAUAAACGGGACUUUCGUGCCGGCGCCCCUUGCACGGCACGCGCUGAUCAAAUAUGUAAAGUCGUCGAUACCAGGCCAUGAGUACCUGGAGGCGGAUUACGAAUGCGCUCCUGGAUUUUAUAUGGACAGCGCAACGAGCAGGUUACUAUGCAAAGAUCGCCGAUGGAUAGGUCAGUUACCGAAGUGCAAACCGAAGGAGAAUUUCGAGGGUGUCUGCAUCGAAGCUUCUUGCGAGCACAUGUGCAAGGAAAUAGACGGCAGACCCGUCUGUUCCUGCUACAAGGGUUUUCGGCUGGAGGGUGACAAAUGCAUCGAUGUGAACGAAUGCGAGGAUAAUAAGGGAGGUUGCGAGCACGAAUGCGUGAACACGGCCGGGUCCUUUCGUUGCGAGUGUCCAAAGGGGAUGAAACUGGAGUACCGGUUCGCGUGCACGGACAUCAACGAGUGUCUGUUGAACAACGGGCACGGUCCUUGUCAGGAUACGUGUCGGAACACCAUAGGCGGUUAUGAAUGUUCCUGCGAGGGUCUGCAGGACACGGUCCUGUCGGCCGACAACCACACGUGUCAGGAUGCCAGCCCCUGCAGCGUUAACAACGCCGGAUGCUCGCACACUUGUCUAUCCACGAUGGGUCGCGUUUUUUGUCUCUGUCCCGACGGUUUCAUCUUGAAGGACGACUGGAAAACCUGCCAAGACGUGGACGAAUGCGCCCAGCCGGAUUUGCAAACGGAGAUGUGCAGGUACGGGUGCAUCAACACGGCGGGAUCUUAUCGGUGCGCGGAUCCGAUGGAGCUGAAGGAUCAGCCGAUACUGGACAGCUUGUCGAUCACCUGCCUGCCUGGUUACGAGACCACCCCCGACGGAACUUGUAUCGAUAUAAACGAGUGCACGGCCGACAACGGCGGAUGUACGGAGGUGUGCGAGAACACGGACGGCAGUUUCUUCUGCGCCUGCGACGGUGACGAGAAAGCUCUGUCAUCCGAUGGGAAAUCCUGCGUGGACAUAAACAACGUAUCCUGUCCACCGUUGAAUCCUGAGGGCCGGGGAUAUUUAAUGUGUUCCCGUUUGGCGACGCUGAAACCGUGGCGCGGCAGACGGAAGGUGGCCAAUCGUCCGGGAACCAAGUGCUUCUUGAAGUGCCCCCACGGGUAUCAAUUGCACGGGGAGUACGAAUUGAGUUGUCGGUCGGACGGUUCCUGGGACGGACCGAAGCACGGUGAAUGCGUCAGAUACAGCAAACCUCGUUUGGAGUGUCCGAAGGACGUGAUCGCGGAGUUGCCGCCGGGACGCGAAGAGGCGUUCGUUACGUUCGAUCAGCCGUCGACGGAUCUCGAUUGGUUCCGUUACGUGCGCUCGAAACCAUCCUGGGGCACACGGCUCGAAGCGAACCUAUCGCCAGGGAUCCACGAGAUCACAUUCUUCGCGAGGCAUCCAGUGUCCAAGAAGCAGGCCAGCUGCGUGUUGCGCAUCAUAGUCAAAGGCGGCGAGGCGCCGAAAGUGAAGGACUGUCCGAACGACAUAGAAGUCGUAGGAAGGAACGGCACUGCGAUUACGUGGACCGAGCCAAUUUUCACGGACAACGUGAAGGUGACCAGAAUCAAAAGCAACGAGAGCCCGGGACGGCAUUUCGACAUCGGUGGCCAUCGGGUGGAGUACGAAGCUAGCGACGAGGCGGGCUGGUCGAGUAAAUGCGUGUUUACUGUGGUCCUCCGUUCGGAGUGAGUAGGAAAACCGGUGGUGAACGCGAGGACAAGAAUAGGAAAAGGUGGGCAGGGAACGAUAAUGGCUCGGAAGGAUAAGGUAAUAUAAAUGGAAAUACUGUGAACUCGUGCACGUAAUGGAUUCCGUUUCGUCGGUAUUUCGCGAUACACGCGUGGCUGAUGGAAAUUUUACAGCCUCGACCAGUCGGCCGGAUAUCGUCCUCUUAUGAAAUAAUUUCAGUCCAUGAGCCAGUAAUCAAAUUCUUGGCGUAGGGAAACGAUCAGGGAUCGAAUUUAGCUUCGGAAAAUUGCCCCACGCUCCUUCUCUUACUUUACACUGAUUUAUCGCUCGUCUAAUCAUCCAACCGGGAGUCUAAUUUCUUCGUAACUUUUAGUUAGAUCAUUGCUCUGUUUCCGUACCAGUCAUGAAAUAACAAAGAAGAGAACAAACAUCCAUCUGAACCUUUGUAUUACCGAGACGACGAAAAGGGAGCCGCAUUAUCGGCUCCGUAACAAGCGUUGCAACCAUAUAGCGAACCUGUCGAUCUUCGAGAGAAAAUUCGAUCCACAUCUCAUGUUAGACGGGGUUCGUUCUCCUCUCUGUUACUUUCUAGUAUAAAUACAAUGCAGGGCGCAAUAAGGAAACUAAGGAAGAUUCGGGUAACACUCUGGCUCACGAUCAGAUCAAUUCCAUUUCGACAAUUACGAUCGACGCGCUAUGUCAGCACGAAUUUUCGCGAUCCAUUCUCGACCGCUACUACGUUUCAACAGAAUUACGAGGACGGCCGCGUGACCAGCGUGCACGAUACGACGUAGGACAAAGGGUGGGAGUAGGGUGGAAAAAAAAAAAAAUAGAGAGCGAUCUGUGGAUACGUAGACGUCACAGACUGGGGAAUCUAUCGGUUCUAUGCAAAUCUGCUGGUAUCGCCCGUUGUCGUCGAAUGAGUUUUGUCUGCCACGUUUCGAACACGAUCCAAACGAAAUGGACAUAUAUCUAUAGGUAUACGUUGGUAUCAUUUGCAUGCAUUGUAACGAACCCAACGAUUUUGCGCUCGUUUCUUUUCAAAGCUACUGUCCGAUCUGAAAUCGAGUUGUCCUAGCCUUCUACCCGUUGACCAGUAGAUCGAUAAUUAAAAAAUUGACGAAUCAUUUAAGGCCUGGCCUUAAAUUGGAGGAUAAAGCACUGGGUUUCUAAAACGCGGCCUGCAAACCCAGUCAGAUCAUCCUCGAUCUUCAAUUUAUUGAGAUUCUUUAGGUUUCCGUUCUUUUUUCUUUGUGAAAGACUAAGAAUUUCGUUUCGAGGAUGAAAUCAUCUGUAUCUAACCGCGACUUAAUAUGUAUAAUGAGGACUAAUAAUCGAGAUCAAACCGAUUAAACCACUUUGACUAAUUAAUAAGUUUAGGGACAAUAUAUGGUAAACGUAAUUAGAGGUGAUCAAAUUUGGGUGGUCGUAUUGUGAUACCUUCAAUUAUAUCGAUAAGCCGUUCUAUGCGUUCGAACUCGUAAUUUUUAGAAUUAAGCGAAACAGAUUAAGAAACGUCCCUUAGGUAUCAGUCGUCUCUGUUUCCAUCGACCGUCGACGAUUGCGCAGCCCGUAAAAUUUCUCAAAUUAAUUAUUUAAUUGCAAUAAGAGUGAUCGGAUAAUAAAUAAUUGAAUGAAAUUGAUUGAAUUGAAACGAUUAAAUAAACGAGCAGGCGUUUAAUAUUUUAUUUAUUAAAGUGAAACUUCAUACAUUAAUGAUCGCUCGAUUAUUAUUUAUGAUCUCCCUUAUUUUAUUUCCUGCAGCGAUUGUAAUUUUAGAUUGCUUCAUUUUCGACGAUGUUUCUGUCAUCGCCAGGUUCCCCGUUACGGGAAAAUAGCAUUGUCCCGCGAAGGCAGGGAAUACUUAACAAGCGCGACGUUGAACAAUAGGCUAUCAACAACGCAAAUUGGCAUAGUGAGUAAUGCUGACUGACAAGUAUAGGCUGGCCCGUGAUGAAAUGAGCAAUUUCAUUCUGAGGCAAGAUUUUCCAUCGUUAUUAUCGGGCCAGUUAAAAUUCAAUUAAUUGAUAUCAAAUUAAUUGCUAGUUCUGCAGACAAGAAAUACACUGAAUCGAUAUGGCCAUCUGUUAUUAUUAUUUGAUUAAAAGAAAAAAUGAGGAGAAAUGUACCUGUACUGUUGUUGGAUUAAUAAAUCGUCAAGAGGCAUCGCGCUUGUUUCCCUCCAUAGCGAUCGAAACUGCAGUUGUGCUUUUUGUGUGUCGUUCCGAGAGCUCGAAUUCCGUGAUCGAUGACGUCGAUGGGGAAACGGAGGCAGGAAGCAGGGACCUCAGCAAGGGAGGGACUAGCGUUAAAACCUAAGGAUCUUAAUCGAAGGGUGGAAAUAAAAAGAGGUCGGUUUUAGCGUAAGCGAAGUGUUCGUUUAUUAAUACCCCUCUCCACGCCACUCGCAUAUCAUUGUUAAGAAGACAGAAGUAACGUUCGAUUAUUAUUCGUAACAUUAAAACUACAGUAAAGUGUAUAAAAAUUUAUGUAUCAAAUACAUGUGUAUAUAUAUAUAUGUAUAUUACAAAGAACAAGGAAGGAAGGUAAAAAAAAAAAAAAGAAGAUGACAUAGUGAAGAGAAGAGAUCCUGAAUUAUUCCACAGCUUCUCCCUCUUCUCCUUUUGCCAACCACUUAUACAGUAAUUAACUGUUACGAGAAAAAGGCAGUGUUCAAUGGCAGCAGUGAUUGCAUAUUAAUUAUUAGACUGCGUUCGUCAUAUCAAAAUUGUUCAUAUUCAUUCAUUGAAUAAAUAAUUAUCGUGUGAAAUUUCAA